AUGCACAAGAACGUGUCAAGCUGCAAGACACUCCAAGACGCCAAGUGCCUCUGCGAGAUUGCGGGCCCACGACAACGUCCGCGCGAACCAGGAAAGGAGGGAGAAGAGGAAACAGGGGAAAAGUUGAUUGGCCCAGCCUACGCCACUUCCGGAUCGUAUUAA